AUGUUGGCUAUUGAGAAGGGGGAGAGGCCGGUUGCGGGGAGGGUUUUGAGAGGACUGAGGUGUGUGGCGAUUAGGAAGGUCGCGGAGCCGAUUGAGAGACAGGUGUUUUUGGAGUGGCUGGCGAGGAUUGACGGAUUGUCUGCUGCUACGCUUGGGAGGCAGUUCCUGGACUCGGACGCGGGCUUUGGGCAAGUGUACGAUACAGUUUGCGCGAUUCGGGAGGGGUUUCGGCUUCUCGCCAAGGCCGCUCGGGAGGACACGCCACUGUUUGCACGGUUGAGGCGUCUCAAUGGGGAGCUGCUUGCCUGGCUGAGCUCUGGGGCAAGGAAGAGUGUGCGGACAACGGCCGAGCUGAAAGUCAUGCCACGGGUUACAGAGAUUUACAGUACGACUCCAGGUGCUGCCAAAGGAGAGCAAACCGUGACCGCAGGAACGACAGACACUGAGUGGACCAAACCUGUUGAUAACGUCAAGUUGCUGUUGCUUUGCGCUACCAACAUGGCAAAGUUGAUGGCAAGAUCAAGCAGUUCAGUUCCAAGGAUCAACCGGGAGCAUUUGACACUCAUAUCGCGGAAGGUGUUGGAGGGGCUAGAGGAAGGUGUCAAAAAAAAGGGGGGGGUGCGUACGGAAGAAGACCCAGAGGGAAGCGACUCAAGUUCAAACGAUGACCUCAGCGACGUUGAAUCAUUGGAGGAAGAGGAACCCAUCGACAAAGAAGAGAAAGAGUCCCAGGAAGUGCGUAGUUUCCGCCUUGCAGAGCUGGACCAGGGAGAAGGAAGCAACGCCAUCAAAAUCCCCGUCAUCGUCGAAGAACUCGAGAUCGCCAGGGACGACUACAACAGCGCAGAUAUGAGCGAGCGUCUCUUUUCCAGCCUCGAAUCAGUUCUCAGCCUGCCCGCCUCCCAGGCUUCACGGCUCGGUGCCCUCACUUGUGCGGGGAUAUGCCACGACAUUGAGCAGAUGCACAUCAAGCUGCUUUACCGGUACCCGCAAGCCCCUGACGCAGUAGAUCCCAGCCGUCCGCCCCGAGUCCGCCACCUUGCCGAGAUCCUCGGAAUUUUCCAGGGAUCCUCAGUUAACUCCACCCUUGGUCUCUACAUCAGUAUUGACGAGCGACUUCGUCUCGCGCGCGACCUUGCCGCUGCAGUCUUCGAAUUCCAUAAGAUCCAGUGGUGGCACAAGAGUAUCUCCUCUUACAACGUCCUCCUCUUCUUCUACGACGACACCGCCCUUCCCUCUCUCUCCUCCUCGGUCCGCAGAGCAACUGACCCCCCAUUUAGCAAGCUCGUUCUGGGAAAACCAUAUCUGAUUGGGUUCUCGCACAGCCGGCCCGAGAACGCGGGAUACUCGAACAAGAUGCAUGCCCAGCUUGCUCUCUUUCCGUACUGCCACCCUGACUACGCGGGCGCCGACGCUGUGGAUGACCGGACAUACCCGGGAUUCCUUGCUGAAUAUGAUUAUUACAGUUUGGGUCUUGUGUUGUUGGAGAUUGGCAUGUGGGAACGGCUGGGACGGUUCUUUGUGCAGGAUUACACCCUCUCUCGAGAUAAGAUAAGGAGUCAAAUUCUUGAUGACUUGGUUCCUGUGUUGGAGGGAACGCUUGGGUGGUUGUAUUCCUCAGAAGUGAGGGCUUGUUUGUCUGGUGAGCUGAGUGGCAACGGAGAAGAUGCUGAUCCUGCUUUUGUUGACGAGAUGUUUGAGCGCAUGGUUUUGAGGCCGCUGGAGACGUUGCUGCAGCGGUUCGAUAGCGUUUGA